AUGGCGUAUAAUUUUCAGAAUCAACCCAUCCAACCAUUCUAUUUUACCCUUACUUUCACUUACUUUCCCGGUUAUACCACCAUAAUGCAAGAAAACUACUGGGUUGAGUCACAAGGCAGAAAUUAUCAGUUUCCUUUAACUUACGAGCAUGUUCCUCGACGACGACGAUCCAGGGAGCAUGUUCAAGAAAACUACCGACGCUUGAAUCGAACAUGGCAAGGUUCAUAUGAUGAAGUCGAAGUAUGGAAUGAGUCUGAUUUUAUCGAGCAUCGGAGAUCAAAUUUGUCUACCAACAUCUCUCGUGAUCAUUUGGUCCGGACCAGUUUCUCACAAGAAACUAUCCUCCGACAUUUAAAAACAAGAAAGUUCGCUACUUCGGAAGAGGCAAAACCCACAAACGAAGGGCCUGAAAUCUGUGUGGUGUGCCAAUGCGAGUACGAAGACGAUGAGAGCAUUGGACGCCUUCCGUGUGGACAUGAAUAUCAUGUCGAUUGCAUUACGAGGUGGUUGUGUCAAAAAAAUGUAUGUCCCAUCUGCAAAGCCACCGCAAUACCAAGAAGGGAAGAAGUAGCUCUUGUAUAG